AUGACUAAGGUCAAUCUGUUGAUAUUUCAGAUGUACAUCACUAGCACAAUCAAGACCAAGAGCAGUCGGCUUGCCAAGCCAGUGUUGUGUCUGGGGACACUUUGUGCUGCCUUCCUUACAGGGCUCAACCGAGUUUCUGAGUAUCGAAACCACUGUUCAGAUGUCAUUGCAGGCUUCAUCUUGGGAAGCACAGUAGCACUCUUCCUGGGCAUCUGUGUAGUUCAUAAUUUCAAAGGAGCACAUGGGACACCUUCAAAAUCAAAACUGGAUGAACAGCGAGGCGUGCCCUUGAUGGCAUUUCCACGAGUGGAAAGUCCUUUGGAGACGUUGAGUGCCCAGAAUCAUUCUGCCUGUAUGACCGAAGUAACCUGAUUUGACCAACAUCAAGAGAAUUUUUUUAUUGCCCUCUGCUACAGUACUCCCACCAGAAUACAGUUAUACUAAUUGUCAAACUGCGAUGACCAGUAUUAUUAUGUUAUGUCUAGUUAGGAACUAAUGUUUUGUACAUUUUUGUAUGAGGAAGUGAUAUAGCUUGCCCUCGAAUUCCCACCCACUUUCUUUUUUCUUGUUGUCAGCUUUAAUAUAUUUAUGCCAG